AUGCUUUACUACGCUAUACGUUUGGACCAUGUGACCGUUUUGGGCGAUGAUCUUUCUAGCAUUGCCCGAGCAAAAGGGGGAAUAAUAAAGGGCGGCGUUCCUUGCCUAACAGUGGAGCAGAAAGAAGAGGCGCUGGUGGUCUUGCACGAGUUGUCUCAACAGAAAUUGGCUCCCCUUUUUAAGUCGGUCGAUCCUUUAUGUUUAAAGGAGUUCAAUUUAGGGAUUCUUGGUGACUACCAAAAGGAGAAUGCCGCUUUGGCUUUAUCAUUGGUUGAUGCUUGGCUCUCAGCAGACCCUCAUAAAACUAAAAUAUCAAAUAACCAUAUCUGUAAGGGUGACUAUCUUUGCUAUAACGGCGUAAUAAAAGAUACUUUGGCUCAAGGAACUAUAAAACUGUGGAAACUCACUAACAUUGGUGUACUGCACGAUCUCUGUAAAGCCCAACCGCCCCACCAAAGUGGUCUUCCCUGCCCUGGAUGCCGUAGAGAGACUGAGAUCUUUGUUUCAGCUAAGAAGGGGCUGGAGGGUUGUUACUGGCCCGGACGAAUGCAGCGGAUUAUUAGAAAGAGCGGCAAAGUUAAGUUUUUCUUAGACGGAGCACACACUCGGGAAAGUAUAGAUUUUUUCGCUCAGUGGAUUGAGAAAAACUGGUCUGAUGGGAAAAAUAUUUUGGUUUUUUACUGCAGUCCUGAACGUAAUUUCAAUAACUUAGUUAGCUCUCUUUUGGAUUUACACCUAAAUAAAAAGUUUAAUUAUAUCAUAUUCUGCUCCAACAUUGUACAUAAUCAUGCAG